UCUUUUUUUUGCCAUAUUUUCUCUGUGGCAGUGGAGCAGAGUGCAGUAUUGUCGUAAUUAGCUAAUUAUGAAUCGAAGCCAAUUAAGGAACCGUUUCUGAUUGACAGUGCGCUCUCAUUCCCAAUUACUGAUAAACAGAAUAAUUCCGUUUAUAAUUUUUAAGGCUCUUUCUCACUCGCCCACCUGUUAACACUAGCAAACACCUAUGAAUGUGUUUACUAGGACAGAUGUAAACAGACACUAAUUAUUGGUAGAACAUCUCUGAACAGACAGAACGACUGAACAAAAAUCUGUGGAAACCCUUUGAUCGCAGAACAACACCUGUUUUUAACAUAUUCCCAGAACACCAGUGAAUAGAUAUAAGUACAUCUGUGAACUUAUUACUGAAGCAGUUGUGUAAGGAUAUCAGAUCAGAAGUGAACAGAUAUUAGAAUAACUCGAAUGACAACCAAUUACUAGAACACUUGAAAGUAGAUAUUUCUACGGUACCUGUUGCUAUUAACGAAUUUGUGGAAAGUUCACAUAUCUUCACCAUUUUGAUAAUGGCAACUGUAACAUACCAGAGUAGCAACAGUGGAUCACUGCUGUGUGUAGACCAUGCUGAGAAUCUGAUUGCUGCUGGAGGAGAGAAUGGAGCGGUGAAUUUAUGGGACUCUGCUACACAGCAGCUACUGCACCAAUAUGUUCCUGAUGACAGUGAUGACGACUGUACAUCGCUGCGGUUCACUAAAGAUAGCUCGCUCUUGUUUGCUGCUUUUAAUAAGAAGAUCUGUCAGUUUGACAAGCGGACAUUUCUGACACCUGUCGAAACACACCAUUACAACAUUGAAGAAAUUAAUCAGCUGAACAUCAAUGAUAAAGAAACCUUGCUUGCCUCGUGCGAUGAUUCCGGCGAAACAAAGAUCUUCUCGCUCCAGGAGAGGAAAGUGAUAAAAACUUUGCGUUAUAAGCACUCUAAUAUAUGUUCUACUGUUGUAUUCCGACCGAACCACCAGUGGGAAGUGAUGACUGCCGGACUGGACUGUAAGUUGAUACACUGGUAUUUUGCUAAACCAAAGGUGAUGAAUGAAAUUAACAUGCAAGAGUUGCUAGGAGAAAACAUUGAUGAGGCCCAAAUCUUAAAUCCGCCUCUUAUUCAUCAUAUCAACUUCUCACCCAAUGGUUUUUUCUUGGCCUGUGCUCUAGAGAAUGGUAUUGUUAAAGUGUUUGAUAGCAACCGCAAACAUCUUCGGGACCGUUUUUCUCUGAGGGGUCACAACCAAGGCGUGAGUCAAGUGGAUUUCCUUAGCAACCGAUUUAUGGUGUCCGGUGGCAAUGAUAAGCAGAUUAUUGUUUGGGACCUGGAAAAACUGGGGGGUUCUGGUGAGGGAGCAAAUGGAGCCGGGGUGGUCCAGCCUCAGCAGCUCAAUGGACAUAUGACAAAUGGGCAGGGAUCGGCCCAUGGCAACACUGCACAUGAGGGUGUCAGUGUCAAUGGGGAUGAUGAUGAUGACGAUGAUGUUGAUGAUAGCCACAACAACAACACAGCCGACUGCAAAGUGUUCACAACUCUACUUUCUAACAAGGUCAACUGGUUAAAGCCCGUUGCCAUUAGCAACCAGUAUUACAUUUUAGUUGCUGAUGAAUCAACAAAGCUAUCAAGGAUUACAAUAGAUGGACUAUAAAAUUUUCCCUAAUCCUAAAUGUAUUUAUAAAAUAUACCAAAUACAAACUACCAUGCUAAUAUAAUAUAAAACACACCACCUGCCAACCACUAAUUAACUAUAAAAUAUUGCCAAACACCACCUGUUCUAUAAAAAAAACCCCAAAAAACUUACAGGUAUCAGCACUGAUUGGUAGAACCAUCUUGGAAAAAAAUCAAACAACAACAUUGAAAGAGUCGACACUUGGCAUUGGACAUGAGUUCUGCUACCAAGAGCAGGUGGGGGUCGAAGGAGUUCUUGGACCCUUUUGAUGUUUCCAAUGCAGACACAAUCAAGCAAUUAAAACUGCAUAAAACUGUUUUGACAUUACUGUAAAAUACAACCGGUUUCAGCCGUGCGUGAGCCAGGUAGAGGCAGGCUGAAUCUUGAACACUGGUGAAUACCAAAAGAGAGGCAGUUGAUGAUGAUGAUGAUGAUGGUCAUGGUGAUAAUGAAGAGGCAGAGACUAUGAUAGCAAUGUUUGUGAUGAUUAUGUCAAAAAGAAGGAAAAAUAUUUUAAUAUAAAAAAAAAAGCCAAAAAGUUAA